AUGGGGUCCUCAAAAAAGAAUCUGAAGGCGACCAAGAAGUUCGAAAAGAAGCACCUGAAGGAUGUCCUGGACAAGAGAAAGGCGGGCGCAAAGCUCAAGCAGAAGCUGCAGAUCAGAGAGAAGCAAAAGGCGAAGCGAGCGCAAGACUCGGAAUUCAUAAAGGGCUCAAAAGAGGGCAACGAUGCUGCCGCUGUCAAGAAGCCUGCUGGCAAGGUCAAGAAGGUCACCGAGAUGAGCGUCGACGAUUUCUUCCAGGGCGGCUUCGAGGACAUCAUCGACAAUAACAAGGCCAAGGCUGGCAAGCUGGGCAAGCGGAAGCGAGGCGACGCCAAGGAGGCGGAGGACGAGGCGAGCGAGGGCAGCGACUCUGAGGUUUCCAUUAGCGGCGCCCCUGUUGCGAGCGACAGCGAGGAUGAUAGCGGCGACGACGACGACGACGACGAUGCUGCGGGGCCUGGCAUGAGCAAAGAAGCCAUGAAGGGCCUCGCCGAGAAGGACCCCGAGUUCUACAAGUUCCUGAAAGAGAACGACCCCGAAGCGCUGGAUUUCGACGAGAACGCAGACCUCGCAGAGGUGGACGAGCUCAGUGCCGGCGAGGAAGACUCGGACGAGGAGCUGCCAAAGAAGAAGAGGAAGAAGGGCAACAAGGCGGAUGAGGAGGCGGCGCAAACCAACGAGCUGACCCGCAGCCAGGUUGCAGCUUGGAGGAAGGCAAUGACGGAGACCAAGUCUCUACGGGCCACCAGACAAGUGGUGCUCGCGUUCCGAUGCGCUGCCCACCUGAACGAGGCCGACGAGGAAGGCCAGGCCGACCAGCGAUGGUCCAUCAACAGCCCCGAGGUCUUCAACGACAUUCUGCUGCUUGCUCUCAAGGAGGUGCCGCUGGUUAUGAACCACCACUUGCCUGUGAAGGAGUCCGCGGCGGGCAAAGUCUAUGUGCAGACGGAGGGAAAGAAGUUCAAGACGCUGUCGCUGCUGCUCAAGUCUUACAUCUCGUCCAUCAUGCACCUCCUCAGCACGCUCUCCGACGAUGGCACAAUUACGGUCACGCUCCUGGCCAUUGUCGAGAUUCUGCCGUACCUGCUCUCCUUCAAGAAGCUCAUCAAGGCUCUGGCCAAGUCCAUGGUCAACCUGUGGGCCCAAGCCGCCGGCUCCCACUCGUCCCGCGUGACCGCCUUCCGAGUCAUUCGCCGGCUCGUCAUCAUCAGCGACAAGGGCAUCCGGGAAACGGUCCUCAAGGCCGUCUACCAGGGCCUCGUCCAGGGCUGCCGCGUCACCAACCACAACACGCUGCCGGGCAUCGACAUGAUGAAGUUCUCCGCCGCCGGGCUCUGGGGCAUCGACCCGGCCGUUGGCUACACCACGGCCUUUACCUUUAUCCGCCAGCUCGCCAUCCACCUCCGCAACAGCAUCGUCAACAACAAGAACAACUCGUUCCGCAUGGUCUACAACUGGCAGUUCACCCACUCGCUCGACUUCUGGGCCCGCGUCCUCGCCGAGCACUGCACGCCCCUGAAGGAGGCCGAGGCCGGCAAGGAGAGCCAGCUGAGACCGCUCAUCUACCCCCUCGUGCAGGUCACCCUCGGCGCCAUGCGCCUCAUCCCGACAUCCCUCUACUUCCCCCUCCGCUUCCACCUCGUCCGCUCGCUGCUGGUGCUGUCGCAGGCCGCCGACGUCUACAUCCCGCUGGCCUCGCCCCUGCUCGAGGUGCUCAACUCGGCCGAGAUGAAGAAGCCCCCCAAGGCGUCAACGCUCAAGCCCCUGGACUUUGCCGUCUCCUACAGAGCGCCCAAGUCCUAUCUCCGCACGCGCGUCUACCAGGACGGCAUCGGCGACGAGGUGGCCGAGCUGAUGAGCGGCUUCCUGUUCAUCUGGUCCAAGUCCAUCUCCUUCCCCGAGCUCGCCCUCCCCGUCAUCAUCCAGCUCAAGCGCUGGCUGAAGCAGGUCAGCAACAAGGCGAGCGGCAACAAGAACGCCAAGCUCGUCUCGCAGUUCUCCGUGCUGGUGCAGAAGCUCGAGGCCAACGCCAAGUUCAUCGAGGAGAAGCGCGCGAGGGUGGACUUUGCGCCCAAGCACCGCAGCCAGGUGGACGCCUUCCUCAAGGACCUUGACGCGGCCAAGACGCCGCUGGGCGCGUACGUCGUGGCGCAGGCGGCGGCGAGGGCGGAGCGCGCAAAGGUGCUUGCCGAGGCGAGGAAGGAGGAUGAGAAGAAGAGGAAGGAGGAUGAGCAGAAGGGGGAUGGUGAGGAUGAUGAAGAAGAGGACAGUGGGGAUGAUGUUGAUUUGGCGGAGGGUGAUGACGAUGAUGAAGAUCGGGAUGAGGACGACGAGUAG